UCAAGCGAUCGCAUGCCCGUCGCCUCGGCCGUCCCCGCGAUGGCCGCCGCGCGAGGGGCUAGAGGGGCUCUCUCGGUCUCGGACGGCGCCGCCCUCGUUGCUGCCGCUGUCCGUGCCGCGGUGCUGGCCAAAGCACCGCGGCGCACGGUCGCUGCCGUGGCGCGCUCGGCUGUGUCGGCGGUGGCGUUCGCUGCUGAGGCACCGCCUGCGGCGCAGCCUGGUGGCGAUGGCGCCGCGAAUGCUGGCAAGCAGGACCCGCCUCCCCUGACGGCGGCAAAGGUUGAGCGACGUCGCCGUCGGCGCCGUCGCCUCGCGGAGCGGCGCGCUGCGGCGCGCGCUGGGCGGCCUGAUGCAGCUGAUGGGGAUCGUGGAGUGCGUGCUGUUGUCGGGAAAGCUCAUGGCGAUGCGGCCGCAUCCGACGUGAGCUUGGACGACGACUCCUGGGCCGACGGCGUGUCGCGGCCCGCUCCGCUGGCGGCUGCCGCCGGUGGUUCGGGCGCUGACUGCCCCGGCCCUUCCGCUGCCGCUGGGCCCGCGAUGCUCUCGGACGCUGUGGUUGGGCCUUCGCGGCCCUUGGUGGAGGAUCUCAGCACGCUCUCGCGCGAGCAGCUCGUCGCGGCGACGUUCGCGCACUUCGAGGCGACUGGCCUGUCCACCGAUGGCUUCUCUUCGGCGGUCUUCGAGCAGUUGUCGGACGAGCUCCUGCGCACGCAGCUCGCCAUGCUCAGGGCCGAGCUUUGAGAGGCUGGCCUGCCUGGGCCCCGCUGUCACCUUGUGGUUGGGCCGCUGCUUGCAUGCCCCAGGUGCGCAGUGGGUGUUCCCAGGUAGGCCCUUCCCCUUCGGUCGGCGGCACGUGUGAGCCUCUCACGGAAGCUCGGUUGCCGUCUGGCCGUCGGGGCUCCAUAUCUAGCCUGCCGUCGUUUGUGCAAGCAGACGACGUUCCAGUCGGCGCCCACCUCCUCCUCCUCCUCUUCCUCCUCC